AUCCCAACUGAUUAAACUUCCACACAAUGCUGCUGUCCGCUGACAGUUGCUUUCACUAAAUCAGCACACACAAAUACCCAAACGACGUCGCAUUCGAGCUAGCCGGAGAGAUGGCGGAGGAAGACGUCCACGGCGGCGGCGGAUUCGUGAGGGCGGAUCAGAUAGAUCUGAAGAGCAUCGACGAGCAGCUCAACCGGCACAUCACCAGAGCUCUGACCAUGGAGAAGAAGAAGCAGGAGAAUGGAGGAAAGCAGCAGCAGCAGCAGGAUGAAUUGAGGGAGAUUCCGGCGAGGCAAGACUGGGAAAUCGACGCCUCGAAGCUCGUGGUCAAAGCGGUGCUGGCGCGGGGCACUUUUGGCACCGUUCACCGCGGCGUUUACGACGGAGAGGAUGUUGCAGUAAAACUUCUCGACUGGGGGGAAGAAGGCCACCGGUCACAAGCUGAAGUAGCUUCCCUUCGAGCAGCUUUUGCACAAGAAGUUGCUGUAUGGCACAAGCUUGAUCAUCCAAAUGUUACGAAGUUCGUUGGAGCUACAUUGGGUGCACCAGAGCUGAACAUACAAAAAGACAGCGGCCAACUUGGAAUGGCACGUAAUGUCUGCUGUGUCGUGGUUGAAUAUCUACCCGGAGGAACCCUUAAAAAUUUCCUCAUUAGAAACAUAAGGACGAAACUUGCUUUCAAAGUGGUUAUUCAGCUAGCUUUGGAUCUUGCACGAGGCUUAAGCUAUCUUCACUCUCAGAAGAUCGUGCACAGGGAUGUGAAAACAGAGAACAUGCUUCUCGAUAAGAAGAGAACAAUCAAAAUCGCUGAUUUUGGUGUCGCACGUGUCGAGGCUUCAAAUCCUAACGAGAUGACUGGGGAGACUGGCACCCUCGGUUACAUGGCGCCCGAGGUCCUCAAUGGCCACCCCUACAAUAGGAAAUGCGAUGUAUAUAGCUUCGGUAUCUGCUUAUGGGAGAUAUAUUGCUGUGACAUGCCAUAUCCAAACCUCAGCUUCUCUGAAUUGACUUCAGCUGUCGUGCAUCAGAAUUUGAGGCCAGAGAUACCUCGUUGCUGCCCUAGUUCUAUUGCGAAUGUGAUGAGACGAUGCUGGGAUGCCAACUCAGACAAGAGGCCGGAGAUGGAUGAAGUGGUUUCCAUGUUGGAAGCCAUUGAUACAUCAAAGGGAGGUGGCAUGAUUCCUCCCAAUAAAUCUCAAGGUUGUUUCUGCUUUCGCCCGAGAAGAGGGCCUUGAGAAAUCUCCCAUCCAUUUCAAGUUUGUACAGUGUUGAUGUUCGUAGCAAGCUUAGCUUCGAUAAACUAUACUCCACUAGCUAGCUUCUCCUUCAUCUCUUGCUUUUCGUAUUAGAAUUAUGUAUCCAAACUCUUGCUCAAUUCAAAAACAAAAUGAACAUUUUGAGUUCAUUGUGGAAAUGGUUUAAUUCAUUUUAUAGCCAAAAAAAUAA